GCAAAAAACUCCAUCUCAUCUGAACUACAAACCCAGCGUGUUAAAGGGAAAGCCCUGUGAACAUGACAUGCCUCUCAUAGAGAGGCAGCAGAUGAAUUUGGACACCGUGAGUACAACACAUGCCAGAAUGGAGGCUCAGUCCCGGCCCUCACAGAAGUACGUGCUGCUGCAGGUGUGGUGUGGUCUCCUCACUGUUGCAUUAGUGGUUAUGGCUGCACUUCUCACUUCAGUCAAACCAAAAUCAUCUGAGGGCGAUAUGGCUUCACAGGGGUCAGAUUACGUCACUCCAGCAGGAUCUUCUCCCUCAUUCAUCCAGCUAAUCAAGUCUCAGGACAGUCGCUCUUGGACGGCUGAACACGAAUGUGAGUCCUGUUCCCUCGACCUGCGUAACGACUCCAUCCACUGCAGACAAACCAGCCUGUACUUCCUCUACGCCCAGGUCACCUUCAGCAGGCACCCCAAGAAUAACAAGACCAAAUCUGUGAUCGUGAAAAGAAACGCCUCGUUCGGUAUGAGCAGGAAGAAACUGGUCGAGGGGACGUUCCCAAUCACAACACAAGGCUCCGUGUGGGUGGCAAAGAUCGUCAGCCUCACAGAGGGAGACAGCAUCAGCUUAGACAUCACAGAUGAUUUCCUGACGGAGACUACUUUCUGGGGAGCUUAUCAGCUGCAGUAACACUGCAGGCCAGCAGGAUGUGUGCUCAUACAGGGGAGAAUAAUUUGGAUGGACCUGUAGAAAAACAAGCUGUAUCAUUUAGUUCCAAUAUGUGGUCCUGGAUAUGUAAUUCUGAAUCACAGGGAUUCUGUGAGUUUAAAGAACUUUAAACUCCUAUUUACAGGUGUGAAGCCUUUAAAACAUCUCUAAGGCCAACAUGGAACACUAAAAUGUGAAGAGUAAGGUUCUUACUUGCUAAAAUCUUCUAUUGAAUGUCCUUAUCUUAUUGACUUAUGACAAACAUAUCUGCAGAAAUGUUCUCCUCUUGCAGCAUUUCAUAAGUCCUGACUUGUUCUGCGUCACGAAUUGAGUACUGUUGACUUCUUUGUUAAUGUGACCUCUUAGUGUGUAAUAAGUAUGUUUGUUUUCACUGUUGC